AGGAAUAUCAUUUGCAUGUGUACUUUGAAGAUGCUAUUAGUCAAUUAUUAUCAUUAAGACAAGAAAAUAGUAAAAUUAAACAUGUAAAGUUUUUUCGCGAAUAUUUUAGAAGUGUUCAGCAGGGAAGUCACGUACUGUUUCGUGAUUAUGAAUUUAUAAGUGCAACUCCUCAUAAUAGAGCUUGUGUCAUUGAAUGUUUUUGGAGGACGUAUAAAACUAUGCACUAUAACGGAGAACGUCUGUCUUUAAAAGAUUGCCAUUCUGUUCUUCAAUUAUUAUGGCCUGAUUUUCCAGAAAGUAUUGUUCAAUUAACUGUUAGGAUUAUUAUACGAAAUGGUUCUACUCCAAAAUAUUUACCAUUUAAAGAGUUUCUAUAUGGCUUUCAAUUGCAAUUUUGUUUUGAAGAAUUUCUUCAGAUGGCAAAAGAAGUUUUUGAAGAUAUAAUAUUUUUGUUAAGAGAAGAUGAAAUUAAGGAAGUCAAUACAGUUAAAUUUUUAUCUAAAUUAAAAGAAAAUCUCAAUACGGAUAAACCGAAAACGUCUUUUUAUCCCACUUCACAAAUUCUAGAUAAAUUUAUGGAAUGCCCCAAUUUUAAGUGCUUUAAAGAAUUCCAGAGAACUUUAUUAAUUCACGAAGACAUUACUCAAUUAGUAGGAAAAUUACCUCUGCCAUCUCUAAUUGAAAGAACAGAUUCGAAAAUACCAAUUGGGACCAUAUCAAGACCAAGACCUGUCAGUUGCCUUGGACAUGCCAGUCAUUUAUCCAGCAGUCUUCAUUCUUUACCUGUCAAAUUAACUGACUCCGAUGUCAAAACUUCUGCCAUGCGUUCGAAAUCAGCGACCCAUAUUAACAAAAGAUUAUCUAGUACAAGACAUCACUCUCAAUAAAAAUAAAUAUUGCAUUGAUUCAUCUUACCGAAACUAAAAGGCAUUUAUUUUGGAACCAGGAACCGCAACAUCCAAGAAAACCGACAAUAAACGUAAUUAUUCCGGAUGCUAUUGAUAAGCUACCAGCACUAAUUAUUUGGUAGGAUGGCAAUAAAGUAGC